AGCAUGGGGCAUUGCUGGUCAAUCGGAACUCUACUCUUAGCAAGCGUCCUUAUGGGCAAUGCCUGUAGGCAUUUCUGCGUUUUUAAAAACCUUUGUUUGCAUGAGGAACCAAUUUUUGAUUACCGCUCAAGUAAUUGCGGAUCUAAUCAAGUUUGUUGUGCAGUUUUGCUAGAGAAUUUUUAUGAAGUGCAAAAGCCUGGUAGUCCGAUUUCAAUUAAACCAAAUGGCCCCAAAGAUAAUGAGGCAGUAGCACAUAUAAAUCAUAAACAACCAUCGACUUCACGCGGACCCGCCGAGAAUCGACCAAAUAUUAACACCAGAAACUCAUUUAACCAAGGAGAACAGGUUUUAAUAAAUGAUAAACCCUGGAAGCAAGCAGAAAAUCGACCCAAUGAUAACAGAGCAAACCACUUUAUCCAAGGAGGACAAACACCAGUAACCAGCACAAAUCUUCCGAUUGCGUCACAAGGACUAGGAAUCCACCACUACGGUGGACAUUCAACAACCAAUGUUAAACCCUCUACGGAAGUGGAAAAUCGCCCCAGUGCUUACACGCCAAACAACUUUUUCCCAGGUGCACAAACACCAGUAACCAACACAAAUCUUCCAGUUGCGUCACAAGGACUAGGAAACAACCACUACGGAGGGUAUCCUACAACCAACGUUGGAAAUCUACAGUCAUUGUCUACAGAUUGCGGCAUGAGCAACCCAAAUGGCUUGCAAAUUACAGAAGGAGUUACCUUGGACCAAGCACGACCAGCACAGUAUCCCUGGGCGGUUGCUCUUUUCCACAAAGGACAGUACUUGGCUGGCGGAUCCCUUAUUGCACCAGAUAUCGUUCUAACAGUAGCUCACAGGUUGGUGGAAGUCAAAAACAGCCUUUUGGUCAGGGCCGGCGACUGGGACUUGAAUUCCGAUCAAGAGUCAUUUGUGUCUGAGCAGCGCGAAGUGGAAAGGAGAGUUAUCCAUGAAGGAUUUAUUUUCUCAACAGGUGCCAACAACUUGGCGCUUCUCUUCCUAAAAUCGCCCUUCAAACUAAGUGACCACAUUAGAACUAUUUGUUUAGCUUCACCAAGUAAAUCGUUUGAAGGACGGCGUUGCACGGUGGCCGGUUGGGGAAAAAUGAAAUUCGAGGAUCAAACAUCUUCGAGCGUUCUGAAGGCAGUUGAGGUGCCCAUAGUAAACCGUGCCAUCUGCGAAAAACAAUUGAGGACAACCAGGUUGGGCGUAAACUAUCGGCUCCCGGAAAACAUCAUUUGCGCCGGAGGAGAGAUCGGCCGCGAUUCCUGCACCGGGGAUGGAGGAUCGGCCCUGUUCUGUGAAACCGGAGAGGAAAACUCCGGUAUCUACGAGCAGGCUGGUAUAGUAAACUUUGGCAUUGGGUGCGCCCAGGGCAACAUUCCGGCAACAUAUACUGAAGUGUCCAAGUUCUUUUAUUGGAUUAAAGAGAACACACUGCCUUUUAAUUAUAGGAGUGCAUAGUCAUAGAGGACUAAUUGAUUCAAUAAAUAAUAAAAGCAAUCUAAAGCUGA